AUGAGCGAACAGCUGGAGCGUAUCGAGUCCCACAUAAAGCCGCGCAAAGGUCCGACUCCGGACGCCAAGAUCCAGACCUCCCUAAGAGAUUUGAGAGGGAAACUGGAGAGCAUUGAGGAUCAAGUCUCGGAGGUCAGCAAGGAGGAAUCGGUGAACCAGCUCGCGGACCAAUUGGACCGCAUCGAGGACCUCGUCCAGCAGCACAACGACCCGCCUCCAGAACUCGGGACGCAGCGCGCAGUAAACCAACUGAGGCAACUGGUUGAGCGCAUCGAGGCCCAUGUUCAGUCACGAAAUGUCCCGCCUUCCGAGGUCAACACGCGAGAGACCACGAAUCAGCUGAGGGAACAGCUGGAUCGAAUCGAGCACGUUGACCGUCUGAUAGCUACGCGCAGCGCGUACGGCAUGAACAGCUUUGCAACAAACGUACACCAACAUUUGGUUCCUCUGAGGGCCAUCCCCUCGGGCACCCCGCCGUCGAUUCCGCUGGCUAGUACUGGCCGAAUUGUCGAGAAUUUCCCCAUUUCCACCUCUGAUAUCCACACCAAAGACAAGGACAUCAUCCUCGCCCUUCUCCCCGAGUUCGACCUUCCGCCAUUCGACAAGGACGAGAUGAAUCGAUUACUCCUGGCGAUGUUCAUCGGUGUUGGGGGUCUAUACUACGCUACCUACAUGAACCCGUCCUGA